AUGGCUGAACUCGACGUUUCGAAACUCGCGCAGAAGACGCUAGACGUCACAGGUGGCUUGACAUACACCUACUACACUUCUCCUGCGCAGGGGUCCAAGCCGACUCUGAUUCUCUUUCAUGGCUGGCCGGAUACAGCACGCCUCUGGGCAGGGUUCAUCAACAACUAUCUUCUCCCCAAUGGCUAUGGAGUCAUUGCGCUGGACUGCCUCGGCUAUGGCGGGACCUCGAAACCGCUGGACUUGAAGGCGUACGCGUAUUCAAACAUGACGGCUCACGCCGUCGCAAUCAUGGAUGCCGAAAAGGUCAACAAGGUCGUCUCUGUCGGCCAUGACUGGGGCAGUGUCUUGUGCCAACGACUGUACAACUACUACCCUGAACGUGUGUCUGGAGUCAUCAUGAUCAAUGUCACUUACUUUCCUCCCGGCGGGCAAUUCGACCUCGAUGCCGUCAACAAAGCUACCAAGGAGGCCUUCGGCCAUGGUGUCUUUGAAUACUGGCAUUUCUUCACUGCUGACGAUGGCGCCAAAAUCAGCAACGAGAACCUCGAGUCGGUCUACACCGUAGCCCACGGCAAGCCCGAAACAUGGUUGGACAACUGGACCACGCCCGGUGGCAUGCGCAAGUACGUCAGCGAGGGUCGCACACAGCCCGUGCUGCCAUACGCCACAGGCGCCCACAAAGCCGACUUCAUGGACCGCUUCCGCAAAGAUGGUCUUGACGCCCCGAGCUGCUGGUACAAGGCUUCGACGUUCGGCAUCCAGAGCCAGGACGAACAGCAGAUUCGUGAAGAUGCAAAGCAGGUCAAUGUCCCGACGCUGUACUGGGGCGGCGAGCAGGACUAUGUGUGUCUGCCGGCGGGACUGCAGGCUUCGGUGGAUGCUGGCUUUCUUCCACACGUCAAGGCUGUCACCAGGCAGGGUGGUCAUUGGGCACUGCUGGCAGGACCGGAGCAGUUCGGGCAGGAUUUGCUAAGCUGGCUGCAAGAGACUUAUGCGUGA